AUGACCAGCUUGGCUACUGAGUACCGGCAGAUUUUCCUAGCGCAGGGCCUUUGCAUUGGUGUCGGCCAGGGUCUGCCUAGUGUGACCCUCAUCUCGACGUAUUUCUUUCGCAAGAGGGUCUUCGCUGUUACCACCGCAGCUACAGGGACGAGUACCGGUGGUGUCAUCUUCCCAGCCAUAAUACAAUAUCUAACUCCCCGGAUUGAGGAUUUCCCCGGGCUGUGCUGUUAG